UUCAACCGCUCAAGUGGGUCGAUCUCAGAAACUGUGAAUACUCGAUCAUUAUGCCGAUGUCACUCGUCAAAAAUCAUUGUCUGUGUGGAGCCAUGCACGUUCGGUCAGGAGCCCGUGUACUUUCUAUAAUUCUCUUAGUGCUUUCUGCUGUGCAUCUGCUCAACACUCUCGGAUUCGUACCUAAUUAUCCAUGCUCUCCAUUCAGUGCUACAUUCAUUUUCAUCAUCAUCUGCACAUUAACUUAUGGUGUAUUCGCUGAGCGCCGGUACUUUCUAAUACCUUUUCUCAUUAUGAAGGCGCUGUUUACUGUUGCAACGAUGAGCGUCUUCCUAGCUUGGACAGCAAUCUAUGUCGCUUACGGGAAACUUAUAACCAAGUACACAAUCAUACCAUUUUAUGGUUACAUGGAAACUAUGGACACUCAUGACGGCAAGUCCAACAUAAUUAUUUGCUUAGCGUUGGCUUUCGUUACAAUUAUAUUCCUGCAAAUAUAUAUUUUGAAGGUGUUCCUCAGCUUUUACACUUUCCUGCGCGAUCGUCACCAAGCAGUCUUAACUGAUUCAGAUGAAUCACAUGAAUAUUCACCAGUAUCCACAAGUUCUGUUUAAAAACAGAUUGUGAUAAAGUGUUAAUGCAAUUUGACCAAUUUCCGGGGAAAUGUGUGAAAACCCGAUUCAGUGUAGCGCUCAGUUCAGC